UUAACUACGAUCCUGCUUCCGAAGGCAGAUGUGAAGAACGAGCGGGAACGCGCUGAAGCUGAACUCGUUAAACAAAAACUCGCUAAAAUGAGUGCAACGGAUAAACAGGAAAUAUCAAUAAAAUGCAAGGAAUUGCAAAAGCUCAACGAGCAAGUGCAGGACAAAUCAAAGCUUCCGAUUCUCAAACUAGAAGAUGUCGAGGUCGCACAGCCUCCUUGCGACUUGGUCCUCGCCAUUGCAGCUGGGGUUCCUUUCCAACUCUGCGCCCUACCAACAAAUGGAGUGACUUACUUCCGCGCCAUUAUCCACACCGGAGGCGUUCCGGAAAAGAACAAAAAAUACGUGGCUCUUUUUGCGGACGUUUUGACGGAAAUGGGAGUCGAAGGUUUGGACUACAAGGAAUUGAAUCACGAGGUUAUGUUACGGACAGGCGGUUUGCAAUCUACGAGUAUUGUCCACUCAAACCCUCUAUUUCCGGAUUUGGCAGAACAAACCCUACUGUUGGGCAGCUUCUGCCUGAACCGCAACACGCAACAAAUGUUCGAAAUCUGGAGGAGCAUUUUCACUAGCUUCAAGCCAACGACAGACCGACUCAAAAACUUGGUCAAACAGGAACUCGCAUCCUUCGAAAACAGUUUCAUUAGCGGAGCGCACACUUUAGCACUCAUCACGGCAGCAAAAUCCAUGUCCGCCUCGGCCGCCCUCAACGAAGAAAUCAUGGGACUCCCGUACUUGAAAUUUCUCCGGGAGAUCAACUCGAGUGAAGAGAAUCUCCAGCGGGCGGCAGAAACUUUAAAGGAUAUUUGUGAAAAGGUCCUCGAUCCGAGAUCAAUGACCUGCGCGAUCAACACGAGUCAAGAUUUUAUGAAUGAUGCGCUGAAGCUCGCGGAGAGAUUUGUUGGAGGGAUCCCUGCUCCUUUAGGAAGAAGUGGUCCCGGCACGGAUAUAAUUUCGUUACUCGGAAGAUUAAUGGAGAAGAAAGCGGCUACUGAUGGAAAACGUGGUUCGCAAGUUAAAGUCGAAGCGACGUGCAGGGAACUGCCCCAACUGCCUCGUUGCACCUCACGCACGAGCAAUCUGAUCGAAACGGGUUAUGCCUNGUUAACUACGAUCCUGCUUCCGAAGGCAGAUGUGAAGAACGAGCGGGAACGCGCUGAAGCUGAACUCGUUAAACAAAAACUCGCUAAAAUGAGUGCAACGGAUAAACAGGAAAUAUCAAUAAAAUGCAAGGAAUUGCAAAAGCUCAACGAGCAAGUGCAGGACAAAUCAAAGCUUCCGAUUCUCAAACUAGAAGAUGUCGAGGUCGCACAGCCUCCUUGCGACUUGGUCCUCGCCAUUGCAGCUGGGGUUCCUUUCCAACUCUGCGCCCUACCAACAAAUGGAGUGACUUACUUCCGCGCCAUUAUCCACACCGGAGGCGUUCCGGAAAAGAACAAAAAAUACGUGGCUCUUUUUGCGGACGUUUUGACGGAAAUGGGAGUCGAAGGUUUAGACUACAAGGAAUUGAAUCACGAG